AUGACCCGCCAAAUUCGCCUGGUCGUCUAUCACAGCCGCCUGUUCGCCGCUCACUGGUCCUUCUUCGUACCUAGCACCAGGGACGCGAACGUCGGUAGCAGGCUUCACGUCACUGGGGAUGUGCGGUCAGGAUUCCAGCACGCCAUCUCACGUAACUAUGACCUGCGUCAGACAGCUCGCAGCCACACGACGUAUCUGCUAGCCGACGUCGAUGAUCAAUACGUCGAGGACUAUCCAUCAGUUGAGGAUAUCCCAGAGGCGCCAGUAGAGCCUGUGUGUAAGCUUGAAGAAGUGGUCUUCUCCAUCCCGGCUCCUGGGCCGAGCCUCAGACACUCGUCUUCGGGGGCCAACGUGGCGAGGGUCCAGCAGUUGAACUGCCAGAAUUGGAUCAAGGAAUGUGUCGACGUGCUGGUUAGUCGGGGCAUAUUUCCCAACAGUGCCGUGGACGCACUCAAAAAUGCCCCACGGAACUGA